GCAUACUACUUUACACCUUUUUGUUUCGCUCACUCGCUCGCUCGCUCUUUCGCAAACUAGUUUUACUCGAACAGUGGUCCCCUUUUCUCUCAUUCAUUCAUUCAUUCCAUCCAUCAUAGAAGAGAAAAGCUAUUCUUCUUCGCGAGAAGCGCGAGCGACAUCUUGUUAGCUUUUCUGGUCGCGGGAGCGCGACGAAGAGAGAGUUUUCCAGUAGAGCACGAGCGAUCUCUUCCUCUCUCUCUCUCUCUCUUGAAUCUCCCACACUUUGGUUCUAGAUCGAAUAGAGCAGCAGCUUAGAUCACACAACUCGCGAAAAACUUGAAAGAAUUGUCGGUGAGAUUGAGCGAUCCAUCUCCACGCAAGAAGAGUAAGAACAUUCCAGUGACGACCACCCUCUUAAAGAUCCCUCCUUCUCUUCUCUUUCUCUCACGAGAGUAGUAUAAAGCUAGGAGGAUCUCUAAGAUUUGAUCUCGCCAGGAGCACAGGAGAGAGAGGAUAGAGUCGAUCUAUGGUCGCGAAGCUUAUCGUGGAAUUGAGUAGCGCUAGUUGUAGCAGCAGCGAUGGUGGAAGCGGCGCAGUGGUGGAGGAGAGGAUCAUUCCAGUGGCAAGGAGAGGACUCUGGUGGUAUAGAGCUGGAGUAUGGCCCCCCUUUUCUUUCCAGGGACCAGGAGCUCUCUAGAUCGCGUCGCCACCAUCGCAAAGCCAUCGUGAUCUUCGUCGCCGCCGUGUCGUCGUGUCGCAGAUUCAUGGUUGGCAUUUUGGCAGGGGGCUGAGCGAGCAAGAAUUUGGAGCGUAGCGCAGCGGCACCGCGAGGUCGCGCGAGGGAAGCGAGCGAGCGAGCUCGAGCGAGAAUUGGGCUGGAGAAAUUCUUGGGUCAGAUAGUGGCGCCAGCGCGAGCGGGGCUUUGUUUUCUAGCUCCCAGUAGCAAAAUCCAGUCGCGCAAGUGGUUUGGAGCUAGCUAGCUCAUAGCUAGGAGGUGCGCGAGAAAGGAUACCUUCUACGAAUUUCUUCUUCUCCCUCGAUCGGUCGAGAGGAUCGAGGAGAGGCUGCAAGCGGGAGGACGACGAAUUCUCUACGGAGGAAUCCAAAGCUGCAUGGGAUGCCACCGGAUUUCGUGACCCUCCUGUCCAAUUCCCAUCACCACCACCAGCACCACCACCACCACCAGCGCGCUGCUCCUCCGCCGCCACCCUUUCUGGGCGCCGCCGGCAUUCUCCUCAAUUCUCCCGGGAAUUUCAAGGAGGAAUUCGAGGGAGGAGGAGGCGAGCUUCUCGCGGACAAGGAGCACGACUUCCGGGAUUUCCUUGUGGCCGCUGGUGGAGAUCAGAUGACCACCACUUCCAAUCUCACCUCGGCAUCGGGCGAUGCUAGCGUCUCGUCUGGCGGAGGAGGAGGCGGCGGCGGCGGAGGUCAUCAGCCACAGCCACUCCCAGGCGGCGGCGGCGGAGCUGCAGCAGCAUCGAAUGCCGGCGCCGCUGGCCAGCCUCCCGCCAAGAAGAAGCGCAAUCUCCCCGGAACUCCAGACCCGGAUGCGGAAGUUAUCGCGCUGUCCCCAAAGACGUUAAUGGCGACCAACAGAUUCGUGUGUGAGAUCUGUGGCAAGGGUUUCCAGCGCGACCAAAACCUCCAGCUCCACCGCCGCGGCCACAAUCUGCCCUGGAAGCUCCGCCAGCGGACGAGCAAGGAGCCGCGCAAGCGCGUCUACGUGUGCCCCGAGGCGUCGUGCGUCCACCAUGAUCCCUCGCGCGCGCUCGGCGACCUCACCGGCAUCAAGAAGCACUUCUGCCGCAAGCACGGCGAGAAGAAGUGGAAGUGCGACAAGUGCAACAAGCGCUACGCCGUCCAGUCGGAUUGGAAGGCGCAUUCCAAGACGUGCGGCACCCGGGAGUAUCGAUGCGACUGCGGCACGCUCUUCUCCAGGAGGGACAGCUUCAUCACACACCGCGCCUUCUGCGACGCGCUGGCGGAGGAGAGCGCCAGGAUCAAGCCCGGCACGGCAGCGGCGGCGGCGGCGGCGGCGCAGCUCAAUCCCAAUUCCGCCCAGCCCGACGCCUCCACCGAUUCCCUGCCGCCCGGCGCCGUCCCGACCUCGCCCUACACAGUCCGGCUGCCGCCCGUGGUGGAUCCAUCGCUCACCGGUACCCCUCCGCGAUUGCCAGGAGGCGACCUCUCCUCUAGCGGCGCCUUCGACGAUUUCUCUUCUUCCAGGGCGGGAUCGUCAUGCCUUCCAAGGCUCUCUCUCUGGCUGGGUCCCGGGCCGGGAGGAGGACCAGGGCAGCCAUCCACGUCCAUGAUCCAGCAAAUGCAAGCCGGCGGCGAUCCGGAGAUGGGCAGCUUGGGCCUGGAUCCCUCGCACUUCCUCCUGCCGCCCAAGUUGCUAUCGAGCUCGCAAUUCGAGCUGGAUCGUGGCGGUGGGGGUGGCGGUGGCGGCGGGUUCUUCCCGAUGGCUGGCGGGGCGUUUGGAGGCUCGGGCUCCUUCUCCGACUUGAUGGGCAUUAGCAACCGGAGCUUGGACUCCAUGGCCGCGAAUUCUUCCAGCAAUGGCGGUGGUGCCUCGUUCUUGGGGAAUCAAGCGCAGCAGCAGCAGCAGCAGCAGCAGCAGCAAGUUCCUCCGCAGAUGUCCGCCACGGCAUUGCUCCAGAAGGCGGCGCAGAUGGGAGCUACCGCCGGGAACAACUCGCUGCUGCGGGGAUUUGGAUUGGACUCGAGCUCGUUUGGAUUGGGCAGCUUCUGGCAGCAGCAGCAGCAGCAGCAGCAAAGCGGAGGAGGAGGAGCAUCCAGGAACGUUAGCGCCGCUGCAUUGCACCACCAGUUUGGUGGCGGAGGAAGGGGAGGAGCUCUAGCGGUGGCGCAAGAACAGGGUGGCGGCGCUACCAUGCAUGGAGAGUUUGGAGGCUAUGGCGGGAUGUUCAACUGCUAUCCACCGAUGUUCGCGGACGUGGGUCUCGGCGGCAAUAGCGCCGGAGGAUUCCGGAUGCUCCACCAGGAUCAAGAGCAGCAACAACAGCAGGAUCAUCAAUCCAUGCUGGUGGCGGCAUUGGUUCCAAAGACCGAGGAGGGAUGCGAUCAAGCGCAGGGGGCGCUGACGCGCGAUUUUUUGGGUGGCGCCGCCGCGAGCUUGGUGGAGAGCUUGAGCCAGCAGCAGCAGCAGCAGCAGCAGCACGAGGCGGGAGAGGAGCAAGAGGAGGAGGAGAAUGGGCGGGGCGAUGGCGGAGAUGGAGAAGAGGAGGAAGAGCUGGAAUCGCUGGGCGGAGGUGGCGGUGGCGGUGGCUCGUCCGAUAAGUCGUGGGAUGGCUCAUGAUAAUAAGAUUGAAUUGUCGUAUAGUAA